GUCUGCCUCCCAUCCCAUGUUUUCAACUUGCAUGUGUGGUUUGAAUGUGCAAGAAUUUGUGUGUGGUGUGUUCUGGAGUUUGGGAAUGUGUUCUGUGUUAUUUUUGUUUGAGCAGGUAUUUGUGAUGAUAGAUCUUGAGAAGAUCUUUCCGACGCAACAAGAAUCUCUUCAAUCGGAGCAAGAACGCGAAAGCUAUGAAGAUUCAAAGUUCAUGAGCUUGCGUUACAAUUGCGGCGGUUACAAAGUGAAGUUGUGGGGUGACUCUAUAUGGAGUUGGGACCUUUGGGGUUGGGAAACUUGUCACUCUACUGUAACAGCUGCAAAUAGGUUGGGAACAACCAAGCUAGGUUGGCAAGGGUGGCCAACUUGGAUGGAUUGGUUGGGAAGGGACAAAUUCACAUGACCCCACGGGCAGAUUUGCUUGAUGAGGUAAAACCCCCUGGGAAGAUUAAGUAUGUGGCAGCAGCGUCAGGUGCUUUGCUCCCUGUGAUUGGUGUUGGAAAUGCCAAGGUUAAGGGAGCUAAUGGGGAGCUUGUGGGGCUUGGGAAUGUUCUGCUGGUUAAAGGCUUGUCUGCUAACCUUCUCUCUGUGCGGCGACUGCAGAAGACUGAAGUAGAGCAGCAGCAGCAGCAGCAGCAUGAGUCUCCACCUCGAGUUCCACACCCGCCUGAGCGACCUAGGAGGGAUACUGACGCUAGCUUCAACUCAGUAAAAGCGGAUGGCACCAGCAUUGGGGGUUAUGUGUGCUUGCUAGGAGGUGGUGCUGUGAGCUGGCGCAGCAAGAAGCAGAAUGAGGUGGGAUUGUCCUCAUGUGAGACUGAGUACAUGGCCUUACACCAUGGGGCCAAGGAAGUAGUGUGGCUAAGGCGUUUGUUGGAGGAGUUGGGAGUUGGUCAGAAGGAGCCGACGGUGAUCUUCUGUGACAAUGAGUCCGCUGUGAAGCUCGCCAAGAAUGCUUGUCUGCAUGGGCUGACAAAACACAUAAGGCCUAAGUGGCAUUGGGUGAGGAGACUCCUUGAUAAGGAGGUGCGGCUGGAGAUAGUGAAGACCCAUCAGCAGGCAGCAGAUAUUUUCACCAAGCGUCUGGCGGAGGCGGAUCAUUGGAAGGGCAUGAAGCUUGCUGGGAUGAGUGUGCAUUGAGUAUGCAUGCUUGAGAUGUGGUAUGGUGGAUGAUGGUUGGCAGCCAGAGGGGGAGAUUGUUGUGUGAUGUCAUCAUAUGCUAUCACAUUCUGUCUGCCUCCCAUCCCAUGUUUUCAACUUGCAUGUGUGGUUUGAAUGUGCAAGCAUUUGUGUGUGGUGUGUUCUGGAGUUUGGGAAUGUGUUCUGUGUUAUUUUUGUUUGAGCAGGUAUUUGUGAUGAUAGAUCUUGAGAAGAUCUUUCCGACGCAACAAGAAUCUCUUCAAUCGGAGCAAGAACGCGAAAGCUAUGAAGAUUCAAAGUUCAUGAGCUUGCGUUACAAUUGCGGCGGUUACAAAGUGAAGUUGUGGGGUGACUCUAUAUGGAGUUGGGACCUUUGGGGUUUGGGAAACUUGUCACUCUACUGUAACAGCUGCAAAUAGGUUGGGAACAACCAAGCUAGGUUGGCAAGGGUGGCCAACUUGGAUGGAUUGGUUGGGAA